CAUGCGCAUUAAGUGGGCGGAUGUAAUGAUUUCGAUGGGAAGAAAUAAUAUUCAGCAUCGAAGGAAUAACAACUGAAAUCAUCCCGUCCUGCAGCAUGCACCUAUGUGAAUGUGGAGAAUGACCAGCAAUGUCCAAGGGGUAGCAGCAGGGUAACACUGCAUGAGGCGGUGCCCCCUGAAGGAGCCCAAAACACUGCUCUUCAAAUGGAACACAUCCAACCUUCAGGUGACCGUGCAGGAUGUACCACUCUGGAACAUCAAGCCUCUCCCCACCUGCCAGCACAUGAAAAUAUUUCUACUUCUGACCAUUGAAGAGAAUGGAAAACCAUUUUCCAGAUCAGCCCUCAUACAUCCUCCUGAUGGCCUAACAACUGAAUGACAUGUCGAUGCUGAGUAUGAUCCAUUUCAAUCAUUUGAGGAAGCUCUCCCUGAUAUAGGGGAUUGGAUGUACAAUGACGGACAUACGUUUAAUGAAGGAUUUGAAGAUGGUUUGAGUGAGGAGUGUGCAGAAGAGUCCAAUUUCAAGGACACAACAGACAAACCAAUACAUGACAAUGCAUCAGAAACCAUGGCAGAGUGCCUUCUGACCAGCAUGGGUUAUGUAAACUGUCCUAAAGUCACAGGUUGAACAUUCCACCCUUUGUGCCUGCCCGGACUGUGCUGGAAGGCCUCGAGUCAGAGGAUGCGUGUGAAGACAAGAAAGCUGUAAAAAAGGAGAUCCAUAGCAAAAAGGUCAAAUAAGUACAAACAAGUAUUUUACCUCGAUUAUUAACAGUUUAUUUUGCCCAAAAAUGUUAAGGGAGCCAAAAAGGACAAAAUGGAAGAGGAGAAUACAGACCUGCUCAGACUUUGCCACACAGUACCGCUGGAGGUGGUGAACUUAGGUGGGAAAGGUUACGAUCCAGAGAAGAAAGACUACUCAGGUUUUGAGGCCUGGUUGCAGUGUUACUAUGUGGAUGGAAUGAAGUCUGUACGCGACCACAAUGGCAGGACUAUGUGGUUCAAAGGCGAUCCAGGUCCUAUGGCUCCUAAAGAAUCAAAGUCUCCAAAGGCCAAAAAGAGAAAAGAUACAGAUGCAGACCAUGAUUACCCCCGCAAGAAAAAGGUGUCCAGGAAACACAACUCUGACAGCACAGUGAAGAAAAAAGCAGCCAAAAAGCCCACAAAAGCAGCAAAGGAAGAAGAAAAUGGACCUCAAGAAGAAGCCACACCCAGAAGAAGAUCAGCAAACACACCUCAGCAAGAACCGAAAUCCACGUCAGGCAGGAGGAAAAAGAACAAUACAGAGCCAGCUGCAGGUCUGAUUCUAAUAAUACUCCCAUUUUCUGAAAAUAUUAAGAGCCUGAUCUUUGAGGAUCCAAUUCCCACACACUUAUCUGUGUGCGCAAACUAUAAAAUUGCAUGUACUGUUGGUGGACGUGUUGUAUGUGAUCUACUUUGUGCAAUUGAUAGCAGCAAAAGUGGCACAGAUCACCCUAUUUUUGUGUACUAGAAGCAUUAUGUGCCCUUGGAAACACUUCUUUCCCUCUACAUUCAUGUUAUUAUGCUCUCCACACUGGAGGGGGGCUUAUAUUAGAUUAUAGCACAUAUCGAUCAUCUAACACCUUUUCUGCAAUAUAGAAUCACAGUAUGUAUACUAUUUGCAGCAGGAAUGAUCAAACUGCAUAUUGCAAGACAUUUUUUUUAGGAGUUAUACUAAAUACAAAAAAAAAAAACGCAACGCUUUUGUUCUUGUUCCCAAUUUAAAUGAACUCAAAGAUCGAAAACUUUGACUAUAAACACAAAAUACCUGUUCCUCUCAAAUAUUGUUCACAAAUCUGUAUACAUUUGUUAGUGAGCAUUUUUUCUUUGCCAAGAUAAUCCAUCCCACCUGACAGGUGUGCCUUGAGCUGUCCAAAAUAAAAGGCCACUGUGAAAUGUGCAGUUUUAUCACACAACACAAUGCUUCAGAUGUCGCAAGUUUUGAGGGAGCGUGCAGUAGGCAUGCUGACUGCAGCAAUGUCCACCAGAGCUGUUCCCCGUCAAUUAAAUGUUUAUUUCUCCGCCAUAAGAAUAGAAUAGAAUAGAAAGUACUUUAUUGAUCCCUGGGGGAAAUUCAGCACCACAUUUCGCUCACAAUAAACAAUGAUAAUAAUAAAUAAUAUAAUAUAUAUGAAUAAUAUAAAUAUAUUCUACAUUUAAGUGCAGUCAAGGAACAUAUGCAUUAUACAGUCUGAUGGCUGUCGGUGUGAAGGACCUCCUGUGUCGUUCCGUGUUGCAUUUUGGGAGUCUGAGCCUUCCACUGAAUGUGCUCAUUCUCUCUGCAAGGUCCGAGUGUAGUGGGUGGGAGGUGUUGUCCAUAAUGGCUAGGAGUUUUGCUAGACUUCUCUCUGACACCACCGCCAGAGAGUCCAGCUCCACUCCCAUCUUGUUACUGGCCUUCUCUACCAACUUGUCCAGUCUGUAUGUGUCCCUCACUCUCAGCCCACUGCCCCAGCAGGCCACGGCGUACAAGAGGGCGCCUGCCACCAGCGACUCGUAGAACAUCUUCAACAUCUUUGUACAGACGUUGAAGGAUCCUAGCCUCCAAAGGAAAUAUAGAUUCGGCUCUGUCCCUUCUUGUAGAGGGCCUCAGCGUGUUUUGACCCAUUCAGCUUGUUGUCCAUGUGUACUCCGAGGUAUUUAUAAUCCUCUACCAUGUCCACAUCCACCCCCUUGAUGGAAAGAGGGGUCGCCAGAGUACUCCUCCUCCUUCCCAGGUCCACAACCAGCUCCUUGGUCUCCGUAACAUUGAGCUGGAGGUGGUUCUUUCCACACCAUGUGACAAAGUCCUCCACCAGUGUCCUGUAUUCCUCGUCAUCACCUUCCUCAAUACACCCCACUAUCGCAGAGUCAUCAGAAAACUUCUGAAGGUGGCAGGACUCUGACUGAUAGUGGAAAUGGGUGGUGUAAAUGGUGUAGAGGAAGGGGGAAGAGUACUGUAGCCUCCGGGGCCCCGGUGUUGCUGACCAGCCUGUCAGACACACAGUCCUGCAGUCGCAUAUACUGUGGUCUGUCAGUCAGGUAAUCUACAACCCAGGACACCAAGGGGGCCUCCACCUGCAUCUUCUCCAACUUCACACCCAGUAGCCCAGGCCGUUUAGUAUAAGCCGCCUCCAACCGUGUUUCAGAGAAUUUGGCAAUACAUCCAACUGGCCUCACAGCCGCAGACCAUAUUGAUUGGCUGAGACCUGCCACCCGGACAGCUGCUACAACAAUUGGUUUGCUUAACCAUAGCAUUUCUGCACAAACUGUAAGAAACUACCAUGAAUUGAUUAACGUGGACCCCGACUUAAACAAGUUGAAAAACAUAUUGGGGUGUUACCAAUUAGUGGUCAAUUGUACGGAAUAUGUACUGAACUGUGCAAUCUACUAAUAAAAGUAUCAAUCAAUCAAUCUGUCUCAAGAAAGCUCAUCUGCAUGCUCGUGGUCCUCAUCGGGGUCUCGACCUAACUGCAGUUUGUCUUCUUAACCAACUUGAGUGGGCAAAUGCUCACACUCAAUGGCGUCUGGCACAAUACAGAGGUUUUGGUAUGUUAUUAUUGACAGCGAAACCACGUGCAUUUUAUUGAUGGCAUUUUCCAUGCGCAGAGAUACCGUCACGAGACCCUGAGCCCCAUUGUUGUACUAAUCACCCGAGGCCAUCACCUUUAUAAAUAACAUUUACUAACUCAUGUUGCAAGGAUCUGGAAGCUAAAAACAUCCCAGUUCUUGCAUGACCAGCAUACUCACCGGACAUGUCACCCAGUAAGUAAUUUUUGAGAGGAAUAUAUAUUUUCUGUAUAGUAAAAGUUUCAGAUCUUUAAGUUCAAUUCAUGAUAAAUGGGAGCAAAAACAAAAGUGUUGCGUUUAUAUAUUUGUUCAAUACCAUAUUUUUCGGAGUAUAAGUCGCACCUGCCGAAAAUGCAUAAUAAAGAAGGAAAAAAAACAUACAAGUCGCACUGGAGUAUAAGUCGCAUUUUUGGGGGGAAAUUUAUUUGAUAAAAGCCAACACCGAGAAUAGACAUUUGAAAGGCAAUUUAAAAUAAAUCAAGAAUAGUGAAGAACAGGCUGAAUAAGUGUAGGUUAUAUGAGGCAUAAAUAAGCAACUGUUAUGUUAAGCUAACAUAUUAUGGUAAGAGUCAUUCAAAUAACUAGAACAUAUAGAACAUGAUAUACCUUUAACAAACUAUCUCUCACUCCUAAUCCAUAAAUCCCAUGAAAUCUUAUACGUCUAGUCUCUUACGUCAAUGAGAUAAAUAAUAUUGAUAUUUUACGGUAAUGUGUUAAUAAUUUCACACAUAAGUCGCUCCUGAAUAUAAGUCGCACCCCCGGCCAAACUAUGAAAAAAAAACUGCUACUUAUAGUCCGAAAAAUACGGUGCAUAUUUUCUAAAUCAAAAAAGGAAUACCAUUAAAAAACAACAUAAAUUAAUAGACUUUGGUUUAAUCGGCCCUUUAAGUUGUCCAGCAGCUAUAAAAUGAUAUUGCUGAAUAUAUAUCUUCUUCUUUUUAUUUCUAACAGUCCAAAUAUGACAUGCACACGUAGAACAAAGGCUUCUCUGUUCAGUUGUCUUUGCAGCGUGAUGGCCUCCUUUCUCACAGCCCUGUGUGCAACUAUGUCAGUUGUCUUUGCAGCGUGAUGGCCUCCUUUCUCACAGCCCUGUGUGCAACUAUGUCAGUUGUCUUUGCAGCGUGAUGGCCUCCUUUCUCACAGCCCUGUGUGCAACUAUGUCAGUUGUCUUUGCAGCGUGAUGGCCUCCUUUCUCACAGCCCUGUGUGCAACUAUGUCAGUUGUCUUUGCAGCGUGAUGGCCUCCUUUCUCACAGCCCUGUGUGCAACUAUGUCAGUUGUCUUGCAGCGUGAUGGCCUCCUUUCUCACAGCCCUUUGUGCAACUAUGUCAGUUGUCUUUGCAGCGUGAUGGCCUCCUUUCUCACAGCCCUGUGUGCAACUAUGUCAGUUGUCUUUGCAGCGUGAUGGCCUCCUUUCUCACAGCCCUGUGUGCAACUAUGUCAGUUGUCUUGCAGCGUGAUGGCCUCCUUUCUCACAGCCCUGUGUGCAACUAUGUCAGUUGUCUUUGCAGCGUGAUGGCCUCCUUUCUCACAGCCCUGUGUGCAACUAUGUCAGUUGUCUUUGCAGCGUGAUGGCCUCCUUUCUCACAGCCCUGUGUGCAACUAUGUCAGUUGUCUUUGCAGCGUGAUGGCCUCCUUUCUCACAGCCCUGUGUGCAACUAUGUCAGUUGUCUUUGCAGCGUGAUGGCCUCCUUUCUCACAGCCCUGUGUGCAACUAUGUCAGUUGUCUUUGCAGCGUGAUGGCCUCCUUUCUCACAGCCCUGUGUGCAACUAUGCCAGUUUGCACGCAGAUUUCAGACUUUUUAAGAGGCACGAUACUGCCUGCAGGACACUUUCAGCAUUGAUAAAUCUCACUGUUCAUGUUGAGUGAUUUGUAUUUGCAUUUUCUCCUCCCAGUAUUGUGGGCAUUCUGAUAAUCAACAUAUAUUCUGCAUACAUCAUUAAGACAAAUAUGUUAAAUGGAGGGAAUAAGCGAUAGAAAAUGGAUGGAUGGGAUGGAUUGCACUCCUUAUUUUGCUCAUUAAUCGACAAAUAUUUAGAUCAGCUUUGCGUGUGCUAACAAGUUUGCAUGUGUUUUGAUACACAUAAACCUUUUGUAGAUUAUACUGUAAGUGUGGUAAACUUACUUUUUGUUGCAGGCUUCAAGACACGUAGCGGGAGACUGACAAGACAGAAUGUCAAGUAAAGGACAUCUAUUGGAAAAUACUGUUUUUAUUCCAUGAUACAUAUUUUUAAUAAACAUUCCACACGUUUA